GCGGGCUUCCGGUCGUCGGGUUCCGGAGAGGCAAACCCGGAAGUUCUCCCGUCACCCUGUCCCGCUGCUGCGGUUCAGAACAGUAACAAUCAUCAGGUCUCGGGGGGGUCUGUGAGCCAUGGAGCGGGUCACAGGAGGAGGGAUGCUGCCGCUGGCUCUAGCGAGUGUCGGGGUCUGGGUGUUGUACCGGAUCCUUUCCCGCCUCAGACCAGGAGCCGCUCUGCAGGACGUGGUGGUGGUCAUCACAGGGGCCAGCUCCGGACUGGGGAAAGAGUGUGCGCGGGUGUUCCAUGCUGCGGGUGCACGGCUGGUUCUGUGCGGUCGAGACGCAGCCCGUCUGCAGCAGGUCGUCCAGGAGCUCGCUGCAAGUUCAACAGGCGCCCAGCAGAAGACUCACGUUCCCAGAAUGGCCGUGUUCGACCUGGCUGCCUCGGGCACGCUGGACAGCGCUGCAGAGCAGAUCCUGAAGUGCUAUGGACAAGUGGACGUCCUCAUCAACAACGCCGGAAUCAGCUACCGUGGUAACAUCCUGGACACCCAUCUUUCGGUUCAGCGGGACGUCAUGGAGACAAACUACUUCGGCCCUGUGGCUCUGACUCAGGCCCUCCUGCCCUCCAUGGUCCGCCGGCGUAGCGGCCACAUCGUGGUCAUCAGCAGCGUCCAGGGCAAGAUUGCCAUCCCAUACAGAUCCGCCUAUGCAGCCUCUAAACACGCCACCCAGGCUUUCUUCGACUGCUUACGGGCAGAGAUCGAGUGCUACGGGAUUCCAGUGAGUGUGAUCAGCCCCGGUUACAUCCGAACCAGCCUGUCUCUCAAUGCCGUCACCGGGGACGGCUCCAAGUACGGAGUUUUGGACAAAACCUCAGCCAUGGGUCGGGAUCCCAGAGACGUGGCCCUGGCAGUCCUGAAGGCCGUCCGUCAGAGGAGCAAAGAUGUGGUUUUAGCAGAACCUCUGGCCACCCUGGCCGUCUACCUUCGCACGCUGUGGCCCGCGCUCUUCUUCAAACUCAUGGCCUCUCGCGCUCGCAAGGAGCAGAAACCGAAAGAUGGAUGAGGAACGAUCGCAGCUGCAGAUAAAGUUUGUGUCACACGGACCAAAACAUUAAACUGACAGCACAGCACACGGAGGCCAAAUGGACAUGUUUGAAGUGCUUCUAGCAGAAAAUCUGAAACUUGACCAGACUGUGUUGUCCAUUCAUUUCAGGAAUUAAGCUAGUUAUCAAUAACGCUGCUUUAAAGUCAACUGGUAAACUUUCCUGUGACAACAUUGUGAGGCCGUUUCCUGAACUGACUCCAUGACAUGGACGCUGCAGGACAAGGGAUUAUUUUGGUUUACUAGUUGUAUUGUUUUGAUGGAAGAUAAAAAAAAAAUUGUUAUAUGCAGACCACAGCGAAACCACUCAUGUCUCCCUGGAACCGAUGACAACACUUAACCUUGAUAAACAGAAUGGAACUCAGUAAAGUACACACCUCCACCAAGGCCCAACAUCCCCUUGAAUCCAAUUUGAUUUAUUCAGUUUGCACACACACAUGGAUAUCACUCAUAUUCCCUAUUUAUAUUCAUCAAGCUCCAUGGUGGAGGUAAUGACCCAAAGGCUUCUCUGUAACUUGUAACAUUUGAACUUGUUUUUAUCACAAAUUAAACACAAUGAAUACAAGAAACAAUGAGCCAUUUUUUUUUAUAACUAUCUUUAUACAGAGAAUAAAAACACCUUUUACAAACGGAACAUUUUAAACAACAGGUUUUUUCGUUUUUAGACGUCUUAUUAAGUUAAAGAGAAAACAUUUUUUCAGAAAUGUUUCCAAUAAAUAGUCCAAAUAACAAUUUACAAUAUGUUACAAAAGCGCAGUCAAUACUGGAAUUGCCAUUUGUACAAAUAAAUCCUUGAACAAAACAAACCAAAAAGCAAAAAAAGCCAGAUUCAAAGACAAAACCUGCUGUUUAUUUCUUCAUGAAGAACAUCUUCGUCGUUUCUUUUCUGGUGUGAGGAGAUGAAACCUUUUUCAAACGUCUCUAACGAGUGAGAGCCACGACAGGGUUUUAAAGCGUAGCGUCAAAACCAUGGAGGGAGCUUUAAAUCCCAUUUGUGGAAUGACCAGAAUUCUCCCAACAAUUCACACGAACAGCGACGAAGUUAAAACCUGUUGAUGAGGCAAUAUGUGUGAAAUACUGCAUAUCGAUGAUGCUGGUAAUUGAAAUUCAGAGGCUGGAGUUAACGUGGUACAUUUGUAGUCCCUGUGAACAACAGAGAAACUACAUCAACGGAGUAAAACAAAAUAAAAAAGAGCAUCAGGUUCAGAGCGGCCUGAGGUGAGAGCGACGAUGGCCCAGUGUUCAGUAUCAACACUCAUCAAUGGACAAUGUAAAAUCAAGAGUGACUUUAAAACUUAGUAUGAGCGGAGUGUCAACUACAGCCUCAGUGUUUGAUUUCCUAAUAUACUUCUUAUUUCAACUGGAGUGUGAUAUUAACUGAAAUGUAAGUCAGACAUUUUAAAUUUAAAAUGAAUGCAAUUCAAUUUAAAACAAAUAUGUAAAAGUGAAAAUUACAGCUGCUCAUUUUUUGACUGAAAAAUAGUAAAAUGAGCACUGUUACUUAAUCUGUAGCUGAGUCCAAACGCCAUGUUAUUCAAACUACAAUGUCUGAGUAUAUCAUUAAUAUGUAAAAAUGAGAAACCGCAGCUGAAAGUUAAAUAUAUGAAGUUAAUAUAUGAAGUUAUUUCUUAGCGAACAACAAACAAACCUAAAGGCUGUUUUCUUAAUUAUAAUCUGGAAACACGUUAAAAUCUAUGAAAAUGUAAUGGCGGCAUCGGGACGAUGAUGUUUUAAACUCCACAAGAAAUUCAGAUAAAGAAAUUCAAGGAAGCAGCUGCAGACGAUCACAUCUUUAGUGCGGCCAUCAAACGUAUCCAAGCAACAGAAGCUGCCAUUUUGCACUUGGGUGUAAUAAA